AGUUAUUUUUAUUCUUUGUGUUUGGAGUGCCCUUGCUUGGUCACUUCAGCUGCUUUGGUAAAACAUUUGAAGACAUGCCCAAGCGUCCCCACCUCAUCUUUAUCAUGGUGGAUGACCAGGGCUAUGGAGAUAUUGGAUACCAUGGUUCUGACAUCCACACUCCUAUGUUGGACCAGCUGGCAAGAGAGGGGGUCAUUCUUGAAAAUUAUUAUGUCCAACCCAUUUGCUCACCCUCACGCAGUCAGUUGAUGACGGGACGCUAUCAAAUUCACACUGGCCUUCAGCAUUCAAUCAUCCGUCCACGUCAGCCCUUGUGCCUGCCCCUGGACAUCCCCACUUUACCAGAGCGUCUGAAAGAAGCUGGUUAUGCUACUCACAUGGUGGGCAAAUGGCACCUUGGCUUUUGCAAACACAGUUGUCUGCCAACAGGACGUGGGUUUCAAAGUUUUUUGGGAACACUGACCGGCAGCGGAGACCACUUCUCCUAUCAAAGCUGUGAUGGCGCUGAAGCAUGUGGAUUUGAUCUACAUGAGGGAGACAGACCUGCCUGGGACAAAAGUGGUAACUACUCCACUCUUCUCUACAUCGAGAGAGCUAAGGAGAUACUAAGGAACCACAAUGGACAUAAACCACUCUUCUUAUACCUGUCCCUCCAGGCGGCCCACACACCUUUGCAGGUACCAGAGCACUAUUUGCAUCUCUAUGAUUCUCAAAGUAAUCGUCCCAGACGUCAUUAUUCUGCAAUGCUUAGCUGUUUGGACCAUGGGGUUGGACAGGUGGUCCAAGAAUUAAAGAAAUAUGGGCUCUAUAAAAACUCUGUAUUGAUCUACUCAUCUGAUAAUGGAGGACAGCCACUGUCUGGAGCCAGCAACUGGCCACUGAGAGGUGGUAAAGGUACUUACUGGGAAGGAGGGAUACGUGCUGUGGGCUUUGUUCAUAGUCCACUCUUGAAAAGCAAAGGGGUGGUCAGUCAUGCUCUCAUACAUGUCUCUGACUGGUUUCCAACCUUUUUGGGCCUGGCUGGUGCAAUGCAGUCCCAGCAUGUUCUGGAUGGUCAUGAUGUUUGGAAGACCAUUAGUAAAGGCAUUCCCUCUCCUCGUACUGAAAUCCUUUUUAAUAUUGACCCAGUCUCCAGGAGGCCUGAAGAGCCAUAUAACAAGGCCUUACUACAAAAUGGUUUUGGAAUUUGGGACACCGGCGUUAAAGCAGCAAUCAGAGCUGGAGAUUGGAAGCUAUUGACUGGUAAUAUUGGCAGUGGGGAGUGGAUACCCCCACAUUACUUUCCCAGUGCAGCACAACAGUGGCAGGGACUGGAGAAGCGACGUAAUGCAUUAGGGAAGUCCGUGUGGCUAUUUAACAUUAGCAGUGACCCAUAUGAGAGAUCAGACCAAGCAGAAAGUCAUCCCGACAUUGUCAAAUAUCUCCUGAGACGACUGGCACAUUAUAACCAAACGGCUGUGGUGGCUCAGAACCCACCAGAUGACCCUCUGGCUGACCCAGGACUUCAUGGAGGAGUUUGGGGGCCUUGGAUGGAUGUAGAAGUGGGCCAUGAAGGGGAUACUUACCAGGAACAUGGGAGAGGAGAAAGACAAAUGAACAUCAAGCACUGCAGGGUCUGUAAGCUUAAAGCACUCUUUAAAAAGGUGGGCUCACGACUUCAAAGAAACAUUUUAUUCCGCUAA